UUUUCUUGAUAAAAACAAUUUCAAAUGUGGACAUAUAACAUUUAAGAGGUUUUAGCAGAAGUUGUAUAAAAGGAGAGUUUUAUCCGUUUUCUUCAUAACCGUCUCUGAGGCCCUAAAUAUCAACCAAGAAUGCUUAAGUCACUGUGCUUCCUAGUCCUGCUCUUCGUAGCCCUUAGCGAUGCCUUCUAUGGUAAAGGAUACGGUAAAAGCAUUGUUAUCCUCGGUGGAAAAGGAUUAGGUUUUGGAGGAUAUGGCGGAUAUGGAGGAUAUGGUGGCUUUAGAGGAUUUGGCGGAUAUGGAGGUAAAGGAUUUGGAGGAUAUGGAGGAUACGGCGGAUAUGGUGGAUAUGGCGGAUAUGGAGGAUAUGGCGGAUACGGAGGAUAUGGCGGAUAUGGCGGAUAUGGCGGAUACGGAGGAUAUGGCGGAUACGGAGGAUACGGAAAUUUUGGAUGGGGAGGAAAAGGUUUAGGAGGUGGAAAGGGCUACUAUUAAAGUUGAUGAAUGGUUACUUUUUAUUAUUGUUGCAUUUUUUCGUUAAAUAAAUGAUGUAAAAUAA